UUGACUUCGAACGAUCAAGGCAGUCCAGCUAGCUAGCUAGCUAGUACUAGUAGUUAUUCAGCACACUGGUAAGGUGACAACGGUAUCAGGUAUGAUAGUUCUGGCAGCUCUUCUGGCUGAGCUGAAUUGAGUCGAGUCACGACCAUGACAUCAUGACCAACUUCCUUCCGCUGGAACACUUUCGCGACAUUGGAUUGGCGAUGGGUCACAGUGUCUCACGGUUCUGGCAUGGCGCCAUGCAACCAAGACCCACUCCCUCAUCAAUAGACCGGGUCGCCAAGGAAGCAAGGAAGCACAACUCCAGAACCCUCCAGCCAUAAAACAGCACACCCAAUCUCUACUCAAACCAAGCAAGUAACUAACGCAACGACGAUGAGGACCCCACCCAAGCUGGAACAAAAGCUGAAUGAACUGGAAGAAGAAGUUCGAGAAGCGGAAUUGAACCGCAUGAAGGAAGUCGAAGCGGCCCGAGAAGCAGCCGAAGCCGAGAUUGAAGCGUAUAAACAAAAACUGCGGGAAGAGUACAAGAACGACAAGGAACGUCAAAAGAAAUCGGCGCAACAACAGAAUUUGAUUGACGAAAGUACGAAAAUUAUCGAAUAUCUGCGCAAGGAAUUGGCCAAACUCAAGGGCCAAAAUGAAGGAAUGCGCAAAGAUUUCAAAGGCUUGAAAGACAACAAUCAAAAGCUCAUGGGCGCCAAUGCGAGUGCCAGUGCAUCCUUUACCGCCCUCAAUGAUCACGCCAAACAACUCAAUGUCACCAAUGCCGAUCUCAUUCGCAAUGUGGAAGAGUACAAACAUCAAUUGGAAAAACUCAAGGAAGAUUUAAAGACACGACAAUCUUACUAUCUCAGUGAAGCCGAAGCGAGGCUGGCGUAUCAAAAGACAUUGGCACAAAUUGUGGGAACCAUUCAGGAAAAAUGCAAGGAUGCCAAAUUGGUAGAAGAUGUCGUUCUCAUGGCGUUGGAAUGUGAAUCCGAAAGUAAGGAAGAACGGGCUGCUGCCGAAGCUGGAGACAAGAAAGGUGAUGCCUAAGUCCAUUUUUAGACAGUGGUAAUUCACAUGGUGGAUGGAUGGAUGGAAAAUCACAAUCCAUCUCUAGGAAAGGAGUGGAGUGGAGAUCGGUUCUAUAUAUAUAUUAGGUUUGCUUGUGGUGGAUAUCAUUCGAUUGAAUUCAAUUCUGAAAUUUGUAUUGAUCAGGAUUUUAGUUACUAGAUAAUGCAUUUUUAUUUAUGGAAUAUUGGCGGGUUG